AGCAAUGAUAUUAGAGAUUUGAUACUGCGCGCUUUCUCGCCGCAUGUGUCCGUGCUAGCUUCCUACGAUACCGAGGAGCUCAUACGGCACAAGGGAGUCAAUGGUGGCCUACUAGAGCUAUUGCGACCGUUUGGCGAACAAAUUCCAGGCAAAGUCACAAUUCGUGACAGCACUGGAGUGAGCAGAAUAUGGGACGAUUUCGCGAUUCGUUUCGCUGGUGUGAAGGAUGGCCUGGAGAAUCCUCGCACGACGGACAGGAGAAGCACUGACUCGGCUGGUCCUGAUGUGCCGCAGAUCGAAGAGUUGGUCGAGCGACACUUGACCUUUUACGAGGAGAAUUCUGGACCCAUAGAGGCCAGCUACAUGACAGCCAAGGACACUGCGCAGAUCCAUGAUCCGGCUCGCACGUCUCCAUUCUAUUCUUUAUAUUUACGCCGACUACUUUCCGGCCUUCCUCUCCUCCCGUCCGAAACGCUGAGCCAUCCGGUUGCAGCUGUCAUUGCUAUUUCCUCCAGAUCAGCUUCUCCAAUAGAAGAGCUUCGAGGUCUUUACGACUCGUCAAACUCGGGCGAGCACCGGCUGCCGCAAUGGGUGCAUAAUGAAUUCCUACGCUAUUAUGUUUUGAUACAUGACGAGGAUUAUGAUGAUAUCACGAAGUCUAUGGCCCUGUACGAUCAGAUGAAGCGACAUUUUGGCUUGCACUGCCAUCUUCUGCGCCUGCGUAGUACGCAGUGUGUCUCAUCCGACGACGACAGCGUGAGACUCCCUCCGUGCGAAUGGACUGCUGCAGCCGAGGAGCUUGCCGAAAUUGUUCGACACGAGACCAACGAGGACGAGGAAGACUCUUCUCCAUACAUUUUCGAGACCGAUGCAACGGCAAUUCGCGCAUUCGUUCGCGAGAUGGUCACGCAGUCCAUCAUACCUUCUAUGGAGCGCGCUUCUGCAACCUGGAACGACCAGGUAGCAUCGCGGCGGCGAGGCUUGAGCGGCAGGUUCAUGUCCCUUUCCAAACGAUUCACGACGUUCGGAGGCCGCAACUCGUCAGGGCCGACUCUUGGAGGUGCUGGCAGUAAUUAUGACAGCUUGCAAGGCUUCUAUAGACCCGACGCUCCGGAGGCCAUCAUGCGCAAGCUCGGAGACUAUGCCAUGAUGUUGCGUGACUUUAGGCUGGCAAAUGGAACAUUUGAGAUUCUCUGCCAAGACUUCAAGAAUGAUAAAGCCUGGAAGCACUACGCCGGUGCCAACGAAAUGGCGGCAGUCAGUUUGAUGCUCGCAACUGGGCCCAACAACAAGAUUCGCAUUGAAGGCAUUGACCAGUAUCUCGAGACGGCAUAUUACUCGUAUGUCACGCGGGUCGGUGCGCCUUACAAUGCACUACGUACUCUCGUGCUUGGCUUUGAGCUCUUAAAGAUGCGAGGAGGCAACGCACUCGACGAUGCUGCCAGAUGGGCGAACAGAAUACUCGACGACAGACUGAUCGGGAGUGUCGGCCACGCCCUGCUCAUGGAACGUAUUGCUACCUGCUUCGCAGAAAGAACGGCUGUCGGUGGUCUUGUUGACAUCAAUAGAGAUCGCAAGGCAGCUUUCUGGAAUUCGCACGCGGCAGACGCUUGGCUUCGGCUGGAAAAAGCGUCCCAAUCUGAGAAGUGCCUCGCGGAAGCAUUUCGGUUGUACGGUUUAGAGGACGACGAAAGUGCUGUUGGCUUCGACCACAUGGCCACUUUCCUGUUCUCCUUGCAGGAGACCGUG